CAGAAGGACAUUGGGAAAAUAUUAGAAAGCAUGGCGUUGUCAGCCGGAAGAUCCGUGGUUUUCGUGACUGGAAACGCAAAGAAAUUAGAAGAGGUCAUUCAGAUCCUGGGCGACAAGUUCCCUUACAAGCUGGUCUCCAAAAAGAUUGAUUUGCCAGAGUACCAGGGAGAACCAGAUGAGAUCUCCAUACAGAAAUGCCAGGAGGCAGCCAGGCAGGUAGAUGGACCAGUUAUUGUGGAAGACACCUGCCUCUGUUUCCGAGCUCUUGGUGGGCUGCCAGGGCCUUACAUAAAAUGGUUCCUAGACAAGCUAAAGCCAGAAGGGUUGUACAAACUGCUGGCAGGGUUUGAGGACAAGUCUGCCUGGGCCCUAUGUACCUUUGCAUACUGUGAGGGGAAGCAGGAGCCUGUGCAGCUUUUCAAGGGCAUAACUGAGGGACAUAUUGUGGAGCCUAGGGGGCCAAGAGACUUUGGGUGGGACCCCUGUUUUCAGCCAGAGGGAUAUGACAAAACCUAUGCUGAGCUACCCAAGGAGGUGAAGAACACCAUCUCUCACCGAUACCGCGCUCUGGCAGCCAUGUCUGAACACUUCAACAAGCUAAAUGACGCUCCGGAGAACAAGAGGAUAAAACAUGGUGACUAACCACAGGCUGCGGUCUUGACACCUGCAGGCAGAACCAGCCAGCUGGACUGAUUCAGGCAGAACAAUGCCAGGGCUUUGUACAGCCCAACACAUCAGACGGUUUAAUGGCUUUCUCUGGAAAGCAAGCCCUCGUGUCAUGUUUUCAAGGCUAUCCGGCCAUCGGACACUCCAUCCAUUGCCACUCUAACGUGAAUCACUUCUGUACUAGGGUUAAAAAUAUGACUUUUUAAAACCAGUUAGACUUUAUGAAAGAAUGUUCUGUGUCCACAGAAGAUUAAUGUGUAUCUUUGAAUGUGGUAUGUUUCCUGUCAAAAUGAGACACAUUACAAAUUGUGUUAAGAAAACAUUUUUUCUGUUUCCCACU